UGACCCCCUUCGAAGAGAUGUAAUGAAAUUAGAUUAGACAUAUGGGCUAAAUCAUUGAAUUUAAUUGUAUUAAGACCCUUACGAAUAACGAGAUCACGAAAAUAUUCCAAAGAAGUAGAUGAUGAACUGUAGCAAAAAUGGCAGGUUUCGGAAGAGAUUUUCCAGAAAGCAUUUUGGGAGGCAUUAUCAAAGAGCUUUUUGGUUUUGCAGGCUUCUGCUGACGUCGAACGAGUUUUCCAAAGUAAGCUCUCGUGGACUCAACGCCAGCAUUUCACAUAGAAAGGCAAGGGCCAUGCCACUUUAACUUAGGUUCGAAAAUGAAUGGGUUGUAUGUUAAACUACGUGUACAUCGUUGUGUACUUAAACGGAGACCAUGGUUUACUACUGAUCCUUUUUUACAUUAGUCCUUGUAACAAAAGUUCUAGUUGAAACGGGAAAGAGGACCCAAAUGCUUGCAACGAUCAUAAACUUAAGUGGAACGGCCCAAAAUGCUUGCACCGAUCAUAAACUUAGUUGAAAAGUCUGGAAUGCUUGUAGCAACUAUUAAAUAGCCGGGAAGGCCCAAAGAAUACUUACAGCCAUCAAGCCUCUAAUAACAAAUGUAGAGAUUUUUAACUUUUUUCAUUUUCUCAUUGUUUAUAAAUGAUAUUCCUCCAGCUAUCUAUAAGUUACAUGAAUGGAAUGAUUUUUUGAAAACUUUCAUAAUCUUUACAAUCCAAACAAAUUGCAAAAAACAAACUAAUAAUUUAAAGAAAAGCUGUGGCUGUUCUCUCAGUGAGCCGUGUUAGAGGUGCCAGCCCAAGAUUUUCAUAGUAUGGUGGUCUCCAAUUUUUAUGGUUCCGCUUGAUGAGUCAAAAGCAGUGUCGUUAGCUGUGUAACUUGUGGCACAUCACUGUCAAAACUGUUGUUGCUACAUGCUUAACGUUUGUCUUCUGUUAUCCCACCUGCACGUUGCAAGCCAGUUACAGAAAGUCUUAUCUUUAUUUGCAUCCCCCUUUUGUUAGUUAUCUCGUUGGAGGUUUUUAUUAUUUCUAGGCCAGCUGCAGCUUGCAUUUCCUUGGUGUUUCAUAUCUCAGUUUAAACAAACCAAUUGUUUCCAUAUGUGUUUCUGUAGAGAUCACAGUUUUACUGUUUGAAAGUCUACUUGCAUAGAACGUUUAUUAAAUUCAGCUCUGCACGCGGAUGAUAUGAAACAGCUCCUGGUUAUUGCUUGCUUUGGUAAAUAAUGCUAGAAGAAGUCUUUCGUGCAAAAACAACGCGUCACCUGGUUUUUUAUUUGAAUGAAAAAGCAAGCCUCGUGUUCUUAUGUCCACACAAAGCGUAACACUUUUGUUGUCAUGACUUGGCAGGGAGCUUAUUCCAGCAUUUGCUGCUUAAAAUACUAAGUGACCAAGCGGAAAUUGCAGCGAACGCCACCAUAAUCUUCGUCUGCCCGAGUUUAGAUGGUCAACCACUAGCUGACCCCAUGGCUACCAGUAAACGGGCAGUUUAUCUGGCCUGGCUUUUUACAAGUUUUGCUUGUUUUGUUUACUGUGCUUAUCCUCCGAAGAUCAUGUAUAGUGGUUCAUUGCAGUAUGAGCGGAAAGUUGGAGAGGACGUUAAGCUACGUUGCCAGGCAACUGGUGCACAAGAUGAUUCAAACAAUAGGACUUUGUUCUUCUGGAAGAACCAGUUUGGGCUCAUUAGGCAAGACAAGAGUAGAUGGCCUCGUUAUGAAAUCAAGCAGAACAAAUAUUUAAAAAUAUCGAACAUACAGCCGGAGGAUGCAGGUGUUUACACGUGUACUGCUGCUAAUGAAUUUGGCUCUGAUGACGCAAAUAGAACAUUAAGAGUUUUUAAGGAUGGCAAAGAAGUCAAAGCGGUUAAACCUUCACAGUGGCAACGCCCUGUACGAAAGCGCCCGAUGCUACCUGGAAUCGAUCUUGUAAAAGUAACGGAAUUGGCUCCUAGGAUAUUAAUCCGAAAGAAAUCGAGUCCGCGGCGCGUCCACAUGGUGGGCGAAAGCACAAAACUGAAAUGUUUAGUUAACGAUGCCGAUCCCCCACCUAUUAUUUCAUGGACAAAAGAUAAUAAAUCAUUGCAAAUGGGUAAAAAUAUGAGAUAUGCUCAUAAACAUAAAAUUCUUCACUUCAAAUUGCUUUCGAUGAAUGACAGCGGCAAUUAUACUUGCAUUGUUGCAAAUAAAUUAGGAGAAGAUAGCUAUACUUUCCAAUUGGUUGUAAAGGAAUAUAUUAUGAGGAAGUUACCCAAGUUAGAUGCUAUCCAGCGCAUACAGGCCGCUGUUAGUGGAAAUUUCACAAUCACGUGUAGAACAUCGGCUAAACGGAAGCGUGGUAUGCCUCGUAUUCGCUGGAUGAAAUACAGUGUCACGCCUGAAGCAGGAACAUGCAAACUUUCGAGGACGUUUAAAGCGCCAGUCGAGCCGUUUAAUUUAUUGAAUGCAAAGAAAAGCAAGAAAAACACAAGGAUGAAAUGGAGGUUUGAUUACAAUAAAAAUGGAAGCAUUUUAGUGUCACUGACGUUCUUGAAUGUGACUUAUCGUGAUGCAGGCUAUUACGAGUGCAGAAGCAGUAGUUCAAGGUCAGCUAAGAUUAUUGACAGUGUUGUUGUCGUUGUAAAAAAGAAAGGCAUGAUCGAAGAUACCCAGAACGAUGACACAAGAACUCAAGCUAAUGGCAAACAUAAAGGCAGUGGGGAUAACCGUGAAGAGGGAAUUCCCUUGUUUUUGUUGAUAACUGUGCCAACAGUAGCUGGUGUUAUUUGUAUAACUGUUGUGCUAAUAUUCUGGAGAAUGCACAAGAAGAAAGAAAAAAUGGCGAAGCGUAGUCGGCCAGACGUUUUGAAAGUUUCACAUCUAGAAGAACAACAGCCUCUGAGAAACGGACAUAUCACGAAGCCCACUCAGAAUGGAUUUCAUUGCCAUAAUGGAACUUUAUCCCAAAAUGGUAUUUGCAGUCAGAAUGGCACGCUUUCACAUAAUGGGACUUUAAGCCAUAAUGGUACAGUUUCGCAUAAUGGAAAUGUGUCUUGUAAUGGCAGUUUGAACUCACUUCGGCACGGAGUACAUAAAACGCGGAAUGGCUCUGCGCAGACUAUAGUGCAUCACGAUCCCGUGUUUGGUACAAAGUUAGAAUGUAUAAAAAAAGACGAUUCAAGCUCGGAAAUCACUUAGUCAAUUGUCUAAAAAAGUAGGAAUAUCAUAUUUAUGUUAGACCAUAUGAAAAAAUGUCUGGAAGAAGAUUGGAUCUCCUUCGAAUCAACAGAUGAAACAGGCGUUCAUUGUCAGCGAGCUGUCAGCGAGAAAAUGGAUUAGAAUUCAUUGUACUUCAUCGUUGCAGUAUCCAACGGUUUUCUUCAAAAUGGCACGCCAACGGAAAUGAUUAAAGCUGUAUUGUCGUUUACGAUUUCAAAUGUAGCGUUGAUCGUACAGCACUUGCGAGCCUACGUUUUUAGAUAAUCUGUCGAUACAAGACAGUUCGGAAACUUUUAUUUUAAAGCUAUAUUCGCAAACGAAUAAAGGUUCCAUAGAACAAAGAGGCAUAUGGUCGAGUUUUUUAUCGAAAUAUAUAAGGUAAUGGAAAAAUGAAUAAACAGAGGUUCUAGCGCCCUAAGUGUGAUCAAAGCAUUUUUUCCAUCUAUUAAAGGAUUUUCGGCGACAAAUUUCGAAAGAUAAAAUUCCACCACUUCCCUAGUAGAAUAAACUCAUCUGUCACUUCUGAGAUGAUUUUUUGUGCUAUAUCGAAUUGUGCAAUUUGGUAUAUUUUUAUUUCCCACCUGUAAAUAAAGGGUGUAAAUAUUUAUUAAAAUUAAGAUGAAAAGGUUAUUGUACAAAUUUAAUAUGUAAAGAAUUAAGAUAAAA